CCUCCCGCUGCACAGCCCAGCUGGGAUAUAAGCAAGUCACUCAGACAGCCGGGAGCAGCAGAGACAGCUGGGUGGGUGGCGUGGGACAUUGAGCUGUGACCUGCGCUGUGUCCUUUGCCUCGACACCGGACCCCAUGGCGACGCCUUCGCAGAAGAGAAGCACCCGCAGCGGGGCUUCGGGGACCCCCUUGUCCCCGACCCGCAUCACCCGCUUGCAGGAGAAGGAGGAACUGCAGGAGCUCAAUGACCGCUUGGCCGUCUACAUCGACAAGGUGCGCUCGCUGGAGCUGGAGAACGCCGGGCUGCGGCUCCGCAUCACCGAGUCGGAGGAGGUGGUGAGCCGAGAGGUCUCGGGCAUCAAGGCUGCCUACGAGUCGGAGCUGGCGGACGCCCGCAAGACCUUGGAUUCGGUGGCCAAGGAGAGAGCUCGGCUGCAGCUGGAGCUGAGCAAAGUCCGGGAGGAGCACAAGGAGCUGAAAGCCCGGAAUGCCAAGAAGGAAGGGGACCUGCUGGCGGCCCAGGCGCGCCUCAAGGACGUGGAGGCUUUGCUCAACUCCAAGGAGGCCGCGCUGUCCACGGCCCUGGGCGAGAAGAGGAACCUGGAGUCCGAAGUGCGGGACCUGAGGGCGCAGGUGGCCAAGCUGGAAAGUGCCUUGAGCGAAGCCAAGAAGCAGCUGCAGGAUGAGAUGCUGCGCCGCGUGGACGCCGAGAACCGGCUGCAGACGCUGAAGGAAGAGCUGGAAUUCCAGAAGAACAUCUAUAGCGAGGAGCUGCGGGAGACCAAGCGCCGCCACGAGACACGGCUGGUGGAAAUCGACAACGGGCGGCAGCGGGAGUUUGAGAGCAAGCUCUCGGAAGCCUUGCAGGAGCUGCGGAGCCAACACGAAGCCCAGAUCAGGCUUUACAAAGACGAACUGGAGAAGACCUACGGGGCGAAGCUGGAGAACGCCAAGCAGUCGGCUGAGAGGAACAGCAACAUGGUGGGUGCUGCCCACGAGGAGCUGCAGCAAACCCGCAUCCGCAUCGACAACCUCUCCUCGGAAGUCAGCCAGCUGCAGAAGCAGCUGGCUGCCAAGGAGGCGAAGCUGCACGAUUUGGAGGAUAUUCUGGCCAGGGAACGCGAGACCAACCGGCGCCUGCUCUCCGACAAGGAGCGGGAGAUGGCUGAGAUGCGGGCACGCAUGCAGCAGCAGCUGGAUGAGUACCAGGAGCUGCUGGACAUCAAGCUGGCUCUGGACAUGGAGAUCAACGCCUACCGCAAGCUGCUGGAGGGCGAAGAGGAGCGGCUCAGGCUGUCCCCCAGCCCGUCCUCCCACAAAGGGGGGUCCCGCAGCCAUUUGUCCACCCCGGGCUCCUCCAAGAAGAGGAAGCUGGAGGACAGUGAGAGUCGGACCAGUUUCUCCCACCAUGCCCGGACCAGCGGCCGUGUGGGGGUGGAGGAGGUGGACUUGGAGGGCAGGUUUGUCCGUCUCAGGAACAAGUCCAAUGAGGACCAGGCGAUGGGGAACUGGCAGAUCAAGCGGCAGAAUGGAGACGAUCCCCCCAUCACCUACCGUUUCCCCCCGAAGUUCACCUUGAAGGCUGGCCAGGUGGUCACGAUUUGGGCCUCAGGGGCCGGGGCGACCCACAGCCCACCCAGCAACAUGGUGUGGAAAGCCCAGAGCAGCUGGGGCUCCGGGGACAGCCUGCGCACGGCCCUGAUCAACUCCAACGGGGAGGAGGUGGCCAUGCGAAAACUGGUCCGCACCGUGAUCAUCAAUGAUGACGACGAGGAUGAGGAUGACGAUGAUGUCAACAUGCACCAUCGCCAUCACCAUGGCACCUGCAGUGGCUCUGGUGACCCCGGCGAGUACAACCUCCGCUCACGCACCGUGGUCUGUGGCACGUGCGGGCAGCCGGCCGAGAAGUCGGGCAGCCAGAACGCCGGGAUCAACACUGUGUCCUCGGGGUCGUCCACUUCCAGUGUGACCGUCACCCGCAGCUACCGCAGCAUUGGUGACUCAGGCAGCAUGGGCCUUGGGGAAGGCCUGGUGUCCAGGUCCUACCUCCUGGGGAACUCCAGCCCCCGUCGGCAGGCUCAGGCUGUGCAGAACUGCAGCAUCAUGUAACUCGGCGACACCAUUCCCGUGUUUCCCGGCCAUCUCCAGCUCGUUUUUCCCAAAGCAGAAUAAUUCUUUUCUUUAGAAAAAUAUUAAAAAACCAAGGUUGGGUGUUUUGUUUUCUAUAGCAGGAAUUUUAUAUAUAUAUAUAUAUAUAAAAAUGCUAAAAGAUGCUUUUUUUUUGUAAAGAAAAAGAUCUAUUUCUAUAAAAAAAACCCACAAAAAAUAGCUUUUCAGCUUCAACAAUUUUUUUAACAACUCAGCCAAAGACACCGAGAAAUCAUGUUUACCGAGCAGCCAUGCAGGAAGAGAUCGUCUUUUAAUAGCUGGUUAGAUUAUAUCCUUUUUGCCAAAGCUUUUUAUAUAGGAUGAGGAGAAGCAGCGCCAUCCCCAUCAGUGCAAAGGUGCUGGGGCAGCGGCCGCGUUGGGAGCCCCCAUUCUGGUGCAGGUCAUGGAGAGCCGCUCUCUCGAGCAGAGCGUAUCGUUUUGCAACCCUCUUGAUUAUCUUUUUGGAUCUGAACCCAGAAUUCUUCUUAUUUUUGUUAAAUUUGAUCGUCUCGUUUCACUUCAGCGCCGCCGCGGGGGCUCCGGCAGCUUGUGGGUGAUGCCCUUUGUCUCUCCAUGGCCUUGCGGGCAUUACCCCCUCACCAGCCCCCUGCUCUCACGUCACACCACGUACUGUAUUUCCUACCCGAGGCGCCUCUUUCCUUCUGGAUUCUCCUCUUUUUAAGCAGCCAAGUUGUGCCUUAGCCGAGCGUUCCGGAGCAUCGCUGGGAACCCUGUGCGCGGCGUCGAGAUGGAGGAGGAGGGGAUGCGAUAACCCACCGCAGCUGCAUCCUGGGACCAGUUGGGUUUGGCGAGGGGGUGAUGGACCCGGCGGGACCCCCUCUUUGGGGUUCACCCCUGCUUUUCUUGGCUGUGGUUAGCUGGGGUCUUCUCCAGUGGGGUGAGGCCAAGAAUGGUCGGUCCAGGACAGGGCUGGUUUGCCAUGGAGGCUCUUAGAAGUGAAGGGAAUUUUGGGGUCCAUCCAGCUGUUGACAGGGAUUGCCGCUUUUCACCUCGAUGGGGCACCCCCUGCCUCAAGCGCAGCCCGGGGACAGGAUCGGGUCCCCAGCGCAAGCCCCCCGACUCCAGCGGGGUCUGGUGAGACCACGUAUGUAUCUGUGCUUGCAAAGCUUCUGUGUUACUGCCUGUAUCUCCUUCCAGAAUGAAUACAGCCAAAACCUUCCCA